GUCAGGAGAAGGAACAAGGAGAUUAAAAAGUCGAUAAAAACAGACUGAGAGAAGGCUCCGGACCAGCGACUGCUGCGCAUCAAAGGAGGGACCGUACUGGGGACCUUACUGGAGACCAGCGCCAACAAAACCCGACUCCGGAGGCGGAAUAUAACGGUGACACUCCAGAGCUCCUCUGCCCUCCUGAGGAUUCAGUGAGACAGGCGGAUCUGUGUGCCUGACCAUGGCCCUCCCAUCAGCCCGCUCCACAUUAUGGAGUGUCAGCUUAUUGAUGGUACUGUUCGCAGCUGCGGUUCGCAGCAACAUUAUCUUCGACGACGACCCCUUGCAGCCGGUGACCACAGACAAGACGGUGUCCGUAGGGGGGACAGUGACACUGACCUGCACGGUGCCCGAGAGUGAUAACUCCUCACUGCAAUGGUCCAACACUGCACAGCAGACCCUGUACUUUGGAGAAAAGAGAGCGCUGAGAGAUAACCGCAUCCAGCUGCACCGCUCCACACCCACCGAGCUUUCCAUAACCAUCGCUGAAGUGCAGCUGUCUGACGAGGGCGAGUACACCUGCUCCAUAUUCACCAUGCCGGUCCGCACCGCCCGGGCUACAGUCACCGUGCUAGGUGUGCCCGGUGAACCUCAGAUCUUGGGCUUUGAGAAUGCAGUGCCGGAGGGGGGCAAAGUCACCCUGACCUGCACCAGUACAGGCAGCAAACCCCCCGCCAAGCUGCACUGGUACAGAGGAGACAAUGAGCUGGAAGGACAUUCAAACGUGGUGGAGACCGUUCCAGACGAUCCGACAUACAACGUGAGCAGCGAGCUCACCCUGGAGGUGAGCCGCAGUGACGACAAGGCCCUCAUCACCUGUGCCGUCGACCAUCCCUCUCUCGCUCCGGGGGACAAGAGGAGCGAGCGCGCUCUGCGAGUGUUGUAUUCCCCUGACGUGCGGAUCACGCCUGAGAGCAAUCUGCCUAGAGAGGGGGAGAAGUUUUAUCUUCAGUGUGUGGGCAACGGCAACCCCGAGCCCACCUCUUACAGGUGGGAGAAGAAGGAUGGAGAGCUCCCCCCACUGGCCAAAGCCGACGGUGCUUUCUUGCGCUUCGAGAUGCUCAACAAAUCCGAUAAUGGUGUCUACCUCUGCGAAGCCAACAACGGCAUAGGACACAACCUGGGGGAGUACACACUGCUGGUGCAAGAUGCUGCAGACAACAUUGCAGACCCAACAGCCAUGUCGACCUCUUCGGGGGUUGACCACGCCGUGAUCGGAGGGGUGGUUGCUGUAAUCGUCUUCAUCCUGCUCUGCCUCCUCAUCGUCCUGGGCAGAUACCUCAUCAGACACAAAGGAACGUAUCUGACCCACGAGGCCAAGGGCUCGGACGACGCCCCCGAUGCGGACACGGCCAUCAUCAACGCAGAGGGAGGCCACUCCGGAGCAGAGGAUAAGAAGGAGUACUUCAUCUAGACAGGGGGCGCGGGAGCGGUGGAGGAAAGGAGGGAAAGCUGGAGGACUUGGAUUUAGAGGAGAGGGGAGGAGCGAAGGGGAUAAGAAACCUCCAUUUGUUUUCACGACGCUUCAGUUCUUCACUCGUUU